ACCAACGAUAAACCAGGACGAAUCACUGGCUUGGACCCGGCUGGAUUUAGAUUUAUCAACAACCCUCCUUCUGGAAGAUUGGCCAAGACUGAUGCUGACUUCGUGGACGUGAUCCACACCAACGAUGGGCAUGUGAAAGAAUUGGGUAAUGGUGAAACCCUUGGAACAGUCGAUUUCUAUCCUAACGGAGGCGAAGAACAGCCCGGAUGCGAU